CUCCACUAAUAUUAAUGCUUUUUAUAGAGGAAAACAUCACAAUCUUGGAGGUUCACCCGUCGGAUGUGGGUAGGAUUCUCCAAUUUAGGUCCUCUUUGCUAGCAUUAGGUAUGUCGGCGAAGUAAUAUAUCGCCGAAGCUAUCUUUGUGAAGACUUGAACCAGGAAAAACACCAUUCCCAUGCUCUUUCAUAUACUGUUCAUUUCUCAUGUUGGAGACAUGGAGUCAACUGCACAUGGAAGCGUGCUGUAUGUCUCGCUAAAUUAUCCAUAAAGUUUCCAAUAAAACAAUGUCAGGAAAAACCCUUUUUUCCCAAAAAGUCAGAGAGCACGGUUGGUGAAACUGAGGAAUUAUUAAAGUAGUAAGUAGAUUCUCGGUAGCCGCAGGGAUUGGAUGGUUGUGUGAUGGACGUGGGACCAGUUUUCCGGUCGACGUUGAAUGCUGAAAAAACAAAAGUGUUUGUUUUUUUUGGUUCUCUUUCCGACAGCGCAUUCUCUCCUUCUCUGCACUUUCCUUUUCUCCUUUUUUGUCCCCUUUUUUGGUCAUCUCCUCUCAAUUCCAUAACUUAUUGAUAUUUUUCCUCUCGUCGACAUCUCUCUGCAUGAACGCCUAGAUUUUCCACUUUCUCUCCCAGGUCAACAAUGGCAUCCCUGAUCGAAGAAGGAGGCGAGAGGGACUUGGAGAAGAGACUGAUGACCUUGUCACCAAGUCAAAACCCUCUCGGCGAGCCGUCGCCAUCGCCAUCGCCAUCUCCUUCUUCCACGGCUGCGGCUGCGGCUGCGGCUGCGGCUCCGGCGUUAGUCCUGUCCAAUUCCGGAAAGCGGAUUGAUCAGGCGGGGAAAAAAAAGUACGUGAAGCAGGUGACGGGGCGGCACAACGACACUGAGCUGCACUUGGCGGCGCAGCGUGGUGAUCUGGCGGCCAUGAAGCAGAUACUCGAUGAUAUCAAUUCGCAGAUGAUGGGAACUCUAAGCGGCGCAGAUUUUGAUGCGGAGGUUGCAGAGGUACGGGCUGCAAUUGUGAAUGAGGUCAACGAGUUGGGAGAGACGGCACUGUAUACAGCGUCCGAGAAGGGCUACCUUGAUAUUGUGAAGGAAUUGUUGAAAUAUUCGAGUCAAGAUACUGUCACAAAGAAAAACAGAUCUGGGUUUGAUCCGUUGCAUGUAGCUGCAAGUCAAGGGCACCACGCUGUUGUUCAGGUGCUUCUAGAUCAUGACCCUGGGCUCAGCAAAACAAUCGGCCCAUCAAAUGCAACGCCUCUUAUAUCUGCAGCUACAAGAGGCCAUACGGAAGUAGUUGAUCAACUGCUGUCAAAGGAUUGUAGCUUAUUGGAUCUGUCUAGAUCCAAUGGGAAAAAUGCAUUGCAUUUGGCUGCCCGACAGGGCCAUGUUGACAUUGUAAAAUCAUUGCUGAUCAAAGAUCCACAGCUGGCACGAAGGACUGACAAAAAAGGGCAGACUGCAUUGCAUAUGGCCGUAAAAGGCCAGAGUUGUGACGUGGUGAAAUUGCUACUUGAGGCUGAUGCUGCUAUUGUUAUGCUUCCAGAUAAAUUUGGUAAUACGGCAUUACAUGUAGGCACGAGGAAAAAGCGAGUAGAGAUAGUGAAGGAGUUGUUAUCUCUUCGUGAUACCAAUGUUAAUGCACUGACCAGAGACCACAAAACGGCUCUUGACAUAGCAGAAGGGCUUCCCCUUUCUGAAGAAUCCUCAGAUAUAAAGGACUACCUUUCUCAAUGUGGUGCUCUCAGAGCUAAUGAACUGAACCAACCAAGGGAUGAGUUGAGGAACACUGUGACUCAAAUUAAGAAAGAUGUUCAUAUCCAGCUUGAACAAACUAGGAAAACUAACAAAAAUGUUCAUAAUAUUUCUAAAGAGCUCCGGAAACUGCACCGAGAAGGGAUCAACAAUGCAACAAACUCAGUGACUGUGGUGGCUGUGCUAUUUGCUACAGUUGCCUUUGCAGCUAUUUUUACUGUGCCUGGUGGGGAUGCUGAUUCUGGGAUGGCUGUGGUGGUCAAGAGUGCAUCUUUCAAAAUUUUCUUCAUCUUCAAUGCCAUUGCCCUUUUUACAUCAUUGGCUGUUGUGGUUGUUCAAAUUACAUUGGUUAGAGGAGAGACAAAAGCAGAAAAACGAGUGGUGGAGGUAAUUAACAAGCUCAUGUGGUUGGCUUCUGUGUGCACUUCGGUGGCUUUUAUGGCAUCCUCUUAUAUAGUGGUUGGCAAGAGGCACAAAUGGGCUGCAAUUUUGGUCACAGCCGUGGGGGGAGUAAUAAUGGCUGGAGUUCUCGGCACCAUGACUUAUUACGUGGUGAGGUCCAAGAGGAGUCGUUCAAUGAGGAAGAGGGAGAAGCAUUCGAGGAGGAGUUUAUCCAACUCGUGGCAUCACUCUGACUUCUCAAACUCAGAAGUCGAUAGGAUUUAUGCUCUCUGAUGUGGCCAACUUGCAGUCUUUGGAAGUUUGUAGGAUUGUAGUAUGAAAAAUGCAUAUUAUUCGAGUACAAAUGUGCUUGGGAAUGCAUUUUAAAAUAGCAUUCAACUUCUAUAAGAAUCAUUACUUCUUAAAGUUAUAUUUCUUUGCACCU